AAAUGAAUUUCUUGGGCCUUAGGGUUUCUUGUAUUGGUUAGGACCGCCUCAACAACGUCUUCUCACAAUCGCACAAAACUGAGGCUCAGCUGCAUAAUCGCAUCUUCCAUUCCUUCUAAAUCUUCUUCUUCUUCACCAAAGUAGCAUGUUCUCUUCUUUCCCAGGUGGCAAUAACUGAGUGGGAAUGGAUUGAGACUCCAAUAAAUGAGGAACAAAUAUUGGGGGGUGUAUUAUACGCUGUAUCAACUGAGUUUUUGACCACUUAAUGCAUUUUGGAGGAAUGGACACUGUGUACACUCGUGUAAAAUUUAAUGCUCAUCUACAUGUAUACCUGCUACAGUCAUGAGUGAAGAGAAGCCACUGUGGCUAGCACGUCCAAAAUUUUUGAUGCUAAGAAAUAUAAUAAGAGCUGUCCGGUCUGUUCAUAGAAUCCAUAGCAGAUACCUGGCAGUGAGUAGAAAUGGGUCAAUUGUCUCAGUUGGACCGAAUAUCCACCACUGCAGGUUGUACAUGCAAUAUAAGUUUCCUAGUAAAGCACGUAGAUCAUUCUUGUGGUAUGGAGCGAGGGAAGGCUUUCAUAAAUGCUGUUCUUUUAGGAACUUUUCUGUAACAUCAGCAAGUAAUGCAGUCACACAUCAUUCUCAGAUUGCUUGGAAAAGGCUGUACAGAAAGUAUUGUUCCAGUGGUGACAGUACAUUUCCUCCUACCAUAAAUAUGAUUGCUCAGGCAGUGACCUUGGCUUUGUCUCGUUCUUAUUUGCUAGUUCCUGGUAUUUUGGCAUUUACAUGUGGAGAGCUUGCAUUAGCUCAGCGAAAUUGGGCAGAUGCAGAACAUUACCCAUCACAGAAUGCUUUGUAUAUGCGUGCACAAGAUGGGUAUAAUUACAUGUUUACAUUUACAUUCAUGAUAGUUGAAGGUCUUGUCUUGUUAGCGAGGGCUCUCUAUCUAGCAAUAUUAUUCUCUCCUAGCAUUGUAAUGGCACCAUUUGCAGAUUGUUUUGGACCAGAAUUUCGGAAACUGUGGCUCCGUAUUGUUCAUCGCACACUGGAAAAAUCAGGUCCAGCGUUCAUAAAAUGGGGUCAGUGGGCAGCAACACGGCCUGAUCUCUUUCCACGUGAUCUAUGCACUAAGCUUUCUGAACUUCAUACCAAAGCUCCUGAACACAGUUUUAGCUACACAAAGAAAACUAUAGAAAGGGCAUUUGGUCGAAAAAUUUCUGAAAUUUUUGACAAUUUUGAAGAAAUGCCUGUUGCAUCUGGAAGCAUUGCCCAAGUGCAUCGCGCUUCAUUAAAAUAUCGAUAUCCUGGCCAGCAAACAAAGCCACUGGUGGUUGCCGUAAAGGUUAGACAUCCUGGCGUGGGAGAGUCAAUCAGACGGGAUUUUGCUAUAAUUAAUUUGGUGGCAAAAAUGUCAAAAUUCAUUCCUGCUCUUAAUUGGUUAAGAUUAGAUGAGAGUGUACAACAAUUUGCAGUUUUCAUGAUGUCUCAAGUUGACCUUGCCAGGGAAGCUGCCCAUUUGAGCCGGUUUAUCUAUAAUUUCCGUAGAUGGAAGGAUGUCUCUUUCCCUAAGCCUGUAUAUCCUCUUGUACACCCUGCCGUUCUGGUGGAAACAUAUGAAAAGGGUGAAAGUGUCUCGUAUUAUGUUGACGAUCUUCAAGGACAUGAGCGGAUUAAAUCUGCUCUUGCUCACAUUGGGACUCAUGCACUUUUGAAGAUGCUUCUGGUGGACAACUUCAUUCAUGCAGACAUGCAUCCUGGAAAUAUCCUUGUUCGAAUGUCUCAGAGGAAGUCUCAAAAACGGCUCUUCAAAUCAAAGCCUCAUGUAGUUUUCCUUGAUGUAGGCAUGACUGCUGAACUCUCUGGUAGUGAUAGAGUAAAUUUACUGGAAUUUUUUAAAGCUGUUGCCCGCCGAGAUGGCCGAACUGCUGCAGAAUGCACCCUCAGUUUAUCGAAGCAACAGAACUGUCCAAAUCCAAAGGCUUUCAUUGAGGAAGUGGAAGAGGCAUUUACAUUUUGGGGCACCCCAGAAGGUGACCUGGUCCAUCCUGCAGAGUGCAUGGAGCAAUUACUUGAGAAAGUUAGGCGUCAUAGAGUCAAUAUUGAUGGCAAUGUAUGUACUGUCAUGGUGACGACCUUGGUUCUUGAGGGUUGGCAGCGAAAGCUUGAUCCUGGGUACAAUGUCAUGCAGACGUUGCAGACAUUGCUACUUAGAGCUGAUUGGGCAAAGUCUCUUUCUUACACAAUUGACGGACUCAUGGCCCCUUGAAGAGGCGAUUUCUUUCUUUUGGAGGCUCUUGAGAAACAAUUUUGACUACGUAACCCAAAACAAAUCAUUUCAUGUCCUAAAAGGCACUCGCGUUUGUUUUAGUUUUAAUUUUUGAAAAUUUUGUUCCCUGUAUUUAUCUUGGUUAAUUUCCAACAGAUAUUUUUGUGGGCAUCACAGUUUACAAGAAAAAUGAAAGAUGAAAGAAUAAAGCGGUGAUUAUUUCUCCUUACUUCUGUACCCGCUAAUUAUCAUAUCGAACUAGGAAUGAAAAUUAUCGGUAUAUGUAGACCGUAAUGAUUAGAAUGUCACCACUUUGAAGUGAAAUCAAGAAUGCGAUUAAUGUUUCUGUUUG